AUGGGGGGUGGCCCAGCUGGGGGGAGCCUCGGGGUGGCCGCCUGCGCGAAGGAGCAGCUGCUGCCGCGGCUGCGCCAGGUGCUCGGCGCAAAGCCGGCGGGCGCAGCGUCCGCCACGGCGGAGGCGUGGCUCGUGGAGCGGGCGCUGUGCGGCGGCCGCUGGGUCUGCCUGGCCCCGGGCCCCGGGCGUGCGGCGCUCGCGGUGCCCCGCAUGGCUACGUUCCCUGCCCGCGAGGACUCCGCCUUCGUCGCCUUCUCCGCGCGGUGGCCCUCCUACGCCCUGAUGGCCGGCGACGCGCAGCCCCUCUUCGACGACCGCGCGUCCCUGGACGGCUUCCGGGACGCCAGGCGCCUGGCCCUCGAGCUGGAGGGCACGCACUCCCAGGGAGGGGGACGGCCCGUGGGCGACCAGCUCGCUGCGCUGGCCGAGCGCGCGGAGGAGCGGCUGCGCGCCCUGCUGUCCGACCCCCCCGCGACCGCGCUGGAGUCGGCGAAGGGGCGCUGCCCGUUCCGGCGGCGGUUCACGGCGGCCUGGUGCUGGGCCGAGGUCCUGCACGGCGCCGUGAUGGGCGCCCCUGCCACGCCCGCCGGCGACGACAGCGCGCGAGGCGCGAAGAUACGGCGCCUGCGGCUGCUGCUCGGCACGCGGCUGUGCGUGGCGCGGCGGGGCAAGUGGUACAACGAGCUGGCGAAGGAGCUGGCGCGCGCGCAGGGCCCGCUGCCCGCGCUGCGCGAGGCCGCGGCGGGCCUGGCCGAGGGCGCGGAGCCGCCGCUGACCGCGCGCGUGGCGCUGGACCUCACGGCGGAGUCGCAGGGCUCGGCGCCCUCGGAGGACGAGGCUGGCGCGCCCCUGCCCGAGCUCCCCGCCGACCUGCGCCUGGAGUUGGCCGGCCGGGCCCGCACGCUGGCGCGCGCGGCGGCCGCGGCGGCCGCCCGCGGCGGCAGGGGCCCGCGAGCGUGGGAGCGGCAGCUUCGGGAGACGCCGGCGGCGCAGGCCAUGGGCUGGGGCGACGAUGGUAGAUGGCUGCCGGCGCUGGUGUCGCGCCUGCUGGCGGCUGGCAGCGCCAAGGCGCCCGUGCUGGAGGUCCGCGCCUCCGACCACGGGCUGCCCGGCUGCAGCGAGGGCGGCCGGAGGACCUACGAUUCCUUCGACCUCGCGGAGCUGAACGUCGAGGAGCUGGCGCUGCGGCACUACCUCGGCCCGUGCGGCUUCGCCUACGGCAUCCACUGCGAGGGUGCGCUGCUGAGGGACCUCUUCGGCCUGCUCCUCUACCACGAGCUGUUCGACACGUCGGUGCGCGGCGUCUUCCUGUCCGCCUUCCAGGACGCGCCCCUGGACCUCGGCACGGAGGUCUUCUACCCCUCGCGCCGGGUGCCGCUGGAGCGGCGCCUGUCGCAGUUGGCCGCCAUGUCGCCCUCGGCAAUCUGCGCGGAGGUCCGGGAGCGCUUCGCGGCCCUGCACGGCACGCGCAUCCGCGGCGUGCGCUGGGACCGCUACGCGGGCCCCAGCGGCGCCUUCCGGCCGGACGAGGCCGGAGCGGACGCGUGCGCCGCGGGGGCCGACCUGGGCGCCGCGGCGGGCGCGGUGGGCGGCCGCGCGCUGGCGGCGGCGCUGCGGCUGCUGUGCGCGGACUACUGCUCCGCGGGCCUGCCGGACCUGCUCGUGUGGUCGUGGCCCGGCGCCGGGGGGGCCGCCGCGGCGCCGCGCGCGCGCUUCGUGGAGGUGAAGAGCGAGCGGGACGCGCUGUCGCGCAGGCAGCGGGGCCGGGCCUCCAACGUCGGCUGUCGGAGGCUGUCUCGCCUCGGGGGGCUCGCCAGCAUCUCUCGAGAGAACCCAGGGGGGCUCGAGAUAGAGAAGGGCAUCUCCGCCGCCACCGCCGCCUCGCACGCCACGAUCGGCAUGCCGCACGGCACGCCCGGACCCCCGACGCCAUGCCGCGUGUACGGCGCGAGCCCCAGAGGCCCGCACGAGUGGGAGCACACCUGCCGCCGCGGUGUGCUCGCCGCCGCGAGGGGGGGGGGUCCUGGGAAGGUCGCCCGGAGCCCGGAGCCGCCCUCGCCGAGAACGCAGCCCUCGGCCGGGAUGUUCAACGUGGAGGCCAUGGCCCAGUACCUGGCCGCCGCCGGCGGCGGAGUCGCGCAGGGCGGCUUCGCAGUCCCGCAGGCCGGCUUCGCGGGCGCGCCGGGCGCCUGCGGCUUCGCGGGCGCGCCAGGCGCCUGCGGCUUCGCGGGCGCGCUGCCGGGCGCCUGCGGCUUCGCGGGCGCGGCGGGCGGCUGCGGCAUCGCGGGCGCGCAGGGCGGCUUCGCGGGCGCGCAGGGCGGCUUCGUGGGCGCGCAGGGCGGCUGCGGCUUCGCGGGCGCGCAGGGCGGCUUCGCGGGCGCAGCACAGGCGGGCGGUCUCGCGCUCGCGACGCAGCCAGGCGGCCUCGCGUGCGCGGGCGCGGCGCAGCCAGAGGCGGGCAGCCCGCAGGAGAUGGAGGCGCUGGUCGGAGGGAUCAACGCGUUCAUCCAGCGCUACCCGAUCGACCAGCGGUGCUACGAGUACCUGACGACCUCCUCCAGCGCGGAGUUCCGGGCGCCCCGCGAGGGCGAGGCGGACUACUCGCCCCUGGUCACGUCGUGGGUCAAGCGCAUGCGGGGGCAGAGCGGCGAGGGCCCCGGCGGCGGCGCGGGGCCCGCGGACGCCGCGGCGGGGGGGGAGGUGACGCAGGAGGUGGUGGACGAGUUCUUCCUGAAGUACCCGUGCGACCAGCGGGCCACGGAGUACUUCAACAUGUCCCCCAGGGAGGUGCAGAGCGCCGUGGUGCAGCAGUUCCGGCCGAGGUCGGAGGGGGACUCGGACUACUCCGCCGCGAUCACGUCGUUCAUCCGGUACAAGAGCUCGAAGGGCGCGGGGAAGGGCGCCGCCUUUGGCGGGAUGGGGGGCAUGCCGGUGCCGGUGGUCCCCGGGGUCCCCGGGGCCUUCCAGAGGCCGCCGGGGAUGGCGAACCCGAAUUCGGGUUGGGCCACGGCGGACAUAGACCCCAACGCUCCGCCCGUCGACUUGGAGAGCUUCCGCGCCCAGUACCCCAUGGACGAUCGUGCCUGGGACUUCCUGUCGAGCGUGGACCAGAGGAUCCAGAAACGGGUCGUGGAGACCUUCAAGGUGCUCAGGGAGGGCGAGGCCGACUACUCCGCAAAGAUCACGGCCUACGUCAAGACCACGAAGCAGAUGUGGCACGAGGCGGUGGCCGAAACGGCCCUGACGCAGGAGCAGGUCGACACUUUCUUCACCAGGUACCCGUGCGACCAGAAGGCCACGGAGUACUUCAACCAGAUCUCAAGGGAGCUGCAGGCGGUGAUCGUCCGCGAGUUCAGGCCGAGGUCGGAAGGAGAUUCGGACUACUCCGCGGCGAUCACGUCGUUCAUCAAGUACAAGUCCAACGCCCCAUGGGCCGCCGGAGGCAAGGGUGGCGGCUGCGGGGGUGGAAAGGGCGGCUGCAUGGGCGGCGGCGCGAUGCAGGUGCAGCAGUUCGCCGGGGCCGGCAUGCAGGCUGGCGGCGCUCUGACGCAGCAGGAGGUGGACAGCUUCUUCACCAGGUACCCCUGCGACCAGAGGGCCUGCGAGUAUUUCAGCCAGUGCUCGGUGGACGUGCAGACGUCGGUCGUGCGGCAGUUCCGGCCGAGGUCCGAGGGAGACUCCGACUACUCUGCGGCCGUCACGGCGUUCGUCAAGCGGUGCAGCGGCGGCGGCAUGGGCGGCAUUCGGCAGCAAAUCAUGGGAGCCUCAUGUACCGUGGUAACUCCGUCUUUAGAUGGCGUUCGCGUUGGCGAGCGUCGGGCCGUCGAUGAGAUAUCGCCGAUUUGGAGUCGAUUCACAUCGACUUGGCGUCGAUUAGGGUCCGAUUUAGCGCCAUUGAGCGUCGAUUAGGCUUCGCAAGAGCCAACAAGAUGGUAUGGGAGGCUCCCACGAGUUGCCACAGAAGGUGGCAUGAUGGCGGCGCAGCAGUCGCAGCAGUGGCAGCCGCAGCAGCAGCAGCAGCAGUGGCAGCCGCAGUACAUGCAGCAGCAGAGUUGGCAGGGUGGGCCGGCGGCCAAGCGCAUGCGGAUGGGCAUGUGACGCUGCAGCGCGCCCGCCGCUCGCCGGUUUGGCCAGACUCGCGCGCGCGCGCGCCCGCGCGCGUGCGCGAGACCCUGAGAUAUCCGACGUCUUGACAGUUUCAAUGCGGAGUCACUUCACGCAAACAACGCAAAUCUCCGUUUUGUUUUUUGUUUCGUUCCAAGGCGUUGGAUGUCUGGCGAGAGCGGCUCCCUUCGCCCGCUUGCGCUGCGCCGUGCUGGCGCCCCGGUGGCCGUGCCGGCAGCAAGUGCC